GCUUGGUUAAAAUGAGCUUCGAGGGCGCACACUGUUGCCAGUGCGGUGUUCGUAGAUGGUCGCCAUCGACGAACUUUUGAAGUUUGUUUUGAAAGCCCAUAUUUUCUAAUAAAUAUUUGUUUGAAAAAUAUUAAUUUUCUCGCGUUACAAACAUGUGAAAUCAUUCCCCCAGCUCACCGUCAGUUUAGUCUGCAAACAGUUCUACAUGUACAGUCAGCUGGAAGCUUGAAUAUACAAGAAUCAGUGUGAUUGUGUUGCAUUAUUUUAGUUCAACCAGCUUUGUGUUAAUUAAAAGACUUUUCAACAUGAGCGGAAAUCCAGACGACCACAAGGAGCCCCAGAAGCUACUACCGUUGGACUUGGCGCGGGCUCAAAUGACGGCGGUUCGCACAGUGGAAAGCAGCAAAGCACCUUUGGUUAUGACAAGCCAAGCCCUGAGGAAUGUGAGAGUGCUCACUCAAGGGGGUUCAGCUGCCAGUAGCCCUAUUUCAGUUGGGCCCACUAUCAUUACGAAUUUGAUGCCAGGAGCAGUAAUAAAACAAGAUCCCAACAAGGCUCAAAUAUCCACUAUUGUACAAUCUCAUUCACAAUCGCAACCAGCAGGAAGUAUUUCCAUUCAAAGGCCAGCGCAAAUUUCCCUUGGAACCACUCUGCCGAUAGUGGCAGCGCCCAAUCCAUCAGGAACAUCGUAUCAUGUGCCCAGGGGGCCAGCGGUUGUCGCAAACUUGGCAGCCCCAAGAAGCAACGUAACUACCGUGCGUACCCCACUAGUAGUUACUGCUCAGAACAGUCAAGCGCAUACCUUUGUAAGGCCUGCAAGGACACCCAGCCCGGCGCAAGGUGCAGCUUGGUUGACCAACUCCUCGAAUGGUUCUCAAAUCAAAGGGGCCCCAACAGUGCUCAGUUCGCCAGUAAGAGGGGCGACCGUCACUGGAAAACAACCAGUUGCGGGGCGGCCUCAAUUUACACAGCAAAUUCCCGCAAUUCGUUCCAGCACUCUCUUGUCCAAUGCUAUCACCAUAGGGCAAACGGUUCACUCGUUUAAACCACAAUUGGGAAACACUGUGUCCAUAUCGCAGGUGGUGCCAUCCAGGCCGCAGGCCGUAGUAUACAGUGCGAACACUGGCGCUCAGUUUACUCCCGCUGCAAGAAUAACUGUAGCGACUACAGCUCAGAAUCAGGCAAAGCCGCCUAUUCAUCCCAGACCUCUGGGUUCUAUUGUAAGCGGCCCCCGACUGGCCGUGCCGAUUUCGCAAGUGCAGAAUUCCCGAGUGAUUACUGCUUCGCAAACUUCCAAUUUAAUCAAUCAGCGAAUUCCAGUUGUUUCAACCAGUCAACCUCCUCAUAGCACUGUCUUGACCUCAACCAAUAGGCUGGUCACUAGUCAACCAUCUGGUAAUGUUGUGGGUCGAUUGACUGUAAAUUCAGCUGCUGUCACAAGUUCAAAUAAUAUCCUGAAUCAGCCGCGGACCUCGAAUUUGUCGACGUUAAAUCUGCAGUCGUUGGUGGCUGUGGCCAAUGGGGGGCUAGCAAGGGUGCAGCAGACUGCACAAGGGCCCAAAGUCAUUACUCAGCCUGCAGCAACGAUUCACUUAACCCAAAUGCCCUCUCAGCUGAAAAGCUGCUCGUCGUCGGUAGUCACCACUACCACAAGGACGAUAAAUGUGCCAGCUUCCAUAGUGUCACAACGACCCAACUCUGGAGUCCCUCCUCAAACCUUGUCCAUUUCGAAAGUGUUCGCCAGCACGGAGAAUCAGAUCAAUGCUGGCUCAAGUGUCUUUAUCCAGGCACCUUUACAGGUUCAAGCGCACAGACAUCCCGUACCUAGUUCUCAGGGCGCUUCAGGUCCACUGUCGUACCAAACAGUUACUUCUUCAGUGCCUUCAUCAACCGGUCCGCCCUAUCAGUUAGCGAAUCCCGAAGGAAACGCUUACUUUUACGACAACUCCGUGCCACCUGCGGGGGCUUUUCAAAGGAGUUUUGUCAGUCAGCAGUCGAACGCGUUUGUCGCUCAGUCUCAGCCGCAGCAAGUCGCUCGGACGCCAGCUAACGUGGGCAGUCAGCAAUUCCAAGGAAUGCGCAUCAGCUCGGUGAUGGUCGUUGAACAGGCUAGAGGACAGCAGCAAAAUUCUGCUCAGUUUCAGCCCAUCAGCUCCUCACAAACUGUGCCUGAACAUCAAGUGAUGGCUGAGCAAACGCAGCAGCAACAACCAGUGCAGAAUAAGAUAACUUCAUCUCCACGGCCGACUAUUCUACGAAAACGAGAUCACGAAGGGUCGCCGCUAAAAGCAGCGAAAAAUCUAACGCCGGUGCUUCAAGGCAUGAAUCAGCAGCAGAACUGUGUCCAGGCGCCAGCGUCUCCACCCUUUCUCACAAGACCUGAUUCCCGAGGCAAUGGACACAGCUCAGGUAGUACGACUGUAUCUGCAGCUUCCAGCCCGGGCCUGCCGGAAGCGAACGAGGACAGCAACCCCGCAGUAGCGGUUACCAUCAAGGAGGACGAAGAGGAAUCGAAACCUCCAAUGGAAAUGAGUCCUCGAAAGAAGCCGCGGAAACAGCAACUCACUGGCAAUGAUAUUGAGGAAAACCACGACGACAUGCAAUUCAUAUCUGAGAGUGGCGUAGCCAAAAAGGAAACUUAUGACUCGGACGGGCCUCAAUCGGACUCUGUGCCUAAGGACGGCGGACCGGAAGCUUCCAGAGUAACGAUGCUGCGCAAACCAGCUACAGCAAGCCUUCUAAAUGGAUAUCGGCAAAACUGGAAAGCCACCCACAACCAUUACCAGCGGUACAGUGAUGUGAAGCCCAAAGACGACAGGCGGCCCACUAUCAUUGACCUGGCCAAUCAAAACAGGGUUUUGGAUAAAGUAAAUGGCUGGAAAAUUUAUCACUUGUCGACUCAAAUGGAGGAUUUGGCCGAACAGGAACAGUGUGUAUAUGAUCAAUUAACGGAUUUGCUCAAAUUCACCGAAUCUGAAGAGUGUUCCAGCCGGAACGAUCGAGAAGUGAAUCGAGUGAAUGAGCUAAUCAAGGGAAACCUGCAGCGAAUCAAAAUCAUUAAUGAUGGCAUGUUGGACGCAAAAUGCCAAAUCAUGAAAGUGUUCGACCAUCAGCGGCAUGUGAACGACAUACUCAAUCGAUGUGCAAGUAAACGAAAUUUCAAAAAACGAGACAAAUCGUAAUGUGUAUUGUUCGAUGUGUAACAGUUGUACAUGUCCCUUCAAUUUUAAGAACUACAAAGUAGUGAUAGCUGCAAUUUUCAACUUAAAAGAUAACAAACCGUUUUUAUAAAACAUUUUUCAGAGAGUCUAUUUAAUAAGAAUAAGCGUAAUUUUACGAAAUGAUUGUAAGCGUGUUGGUCUAUGUUUAAAUAUAAGCGAUUUGAUUAUUGAA